CUCACGAAUCAUGCCUCUCAUCCUCCCACCCCCACCACGACCUUUUAAACACAAUUUCCCGGUCAGUAUAUCUCCAGGGUCCACUUCCACCCGCAAGUCUAUUCUCUCCUGCAUUAAAAUAACUCACCAGUCACUAUCCAAACCAACGCAGCAAGAUUUUGCCUGAAGAGCAGAUAAGGACAGCCCAGAUUUUUAAAAAAUUUCAAUCUUGUGGCGGUCCCCUGGUGGUGCGCUGACUUUCCCUAGCACCCACCUCCCAUCCCUGCUCUUACCGUGAAAAGAUGUGGGCUCCCCCUUAUGUCUAAGAUUUUGAACAUAAGUCCUUCCCUUGCGCGUUUCCAUCCCUGUUUCUCAAAAUGGGUAAUUCCCAAAACGAACAGUCUUAGAUUGGCUUUCUUCAUUGCCACAGAAACUAGUGAGACAUGUUUGUAAGGGAAACUAGCUACCUUUUCAAAAUUAAGCUGCCUUAAUAUUCAUAAACUAUAUUUUAUUUUCAUAAUUACAUUUGACCUUCCCAAAUUGAGAUUGGAGGCUGAAGAAGCAUUCUAGUUCCUCUUUGACACAGGAGGAAAUGCCAUGCAAAUUCUAAGUGCCAGAAUUGAGAUUUGAAACCAGAAUUUUACCCUAAACCCAGGGUUCUUUGUGUUACCCUAUUCCACAUGCCUAGUCUUCAUCAAAGGCUCCAGCCUUAGGCAAACUUAAUCUAUAGGCAUGAAUAUGAACUUGAGGGGAUGGAGUCUGUUUUUCUAUACAGUUUACUGAUUACCGUGGGGACAUUUCUCUGCAUCCCUGACCAUCCAGGCUCUCCAGCUGUCUGAAACACUUUCUUCUUAUUACUUCAAAAUCUCCCCCUCUCUUCCUCAUGAUUUCUCGUGUGUCCUUCAGAAAACUUCUUUCCAAUUUUUUGCCCUGAAACUGAAAACCUCUGUUCUUUCUCUAUAUAUCUUUUCUAGUUGAGCUGCCUAGAUUGACUGAUGUUAUUGCUUUGUAAUCCCAAAUUUGAUUAGAAUAUUCUGACAAAGUUAAGUAGAAAUUAUGUAUUUACCCGCAACUUACUACCAGUGUCAUCUACAUGCAGUGUAUUUUUCUCUACACUCUCAGCAAAGCUAUUAGCACCUUCUACUAAGGCACAUCCUUAUACGUGUUCAGUUCUUCACGUUUUCGAAGCACUUUCACAUAAAUCUUUUCACCUGAGUCUUAUAAUAACAUGUGAAAUAAAUAGUUCUGAUAUUAUUACGCGUUCAGUUCAAGUGAUUAAAGAACUUGCCUCAAGUCAUAUGGCUCAGAGCCAAGUGGCAAAUCCCAGGUUAGACUCCAAAACGCCUUAGCUUCUUUUCAGUAUAAGACCUCCUCUAACUGCCUACACAGCUUAUUUAAAAAAAAAAAAAAAGUUAGAAAAUGAACACAAUAUGAAAAGAUAAUUCGGUAAAAAGUAACUCUCAUGGUAUCUAUUUAUUGAGAAUCUGACUGAAAUUCUAAAAUGCAGUUAUCAAAAAACACUGUCUUGUUCACAUAAAAUAUUUUGUAAUAGAGAAAAUAAUAAAUAUAUCCGUCAAAAAUCACUUAAUGAAAAUCUGCUGUAAUCCUUGCACUAAUACACAGAUUGUUGUACGCAAAUGCUCAUUCUUCAAAAUUUUUCUACUUUGAAGAGAUUUCAAUAACAUCUGUAACUUUUGAAGAAUACUAUUUAUUAGUGCCUAUGCAAAAUCAUAAUAGUAAAACUCUGAAUCAACAUAGAGCUGAAUUUUGAAACCUGAGAAUAUUUCAUUUUAUAGAUAUUUUUCUUUUAAAAACUAGAAUUGUUCUUCAACUGAAACCCUUCCUGCUGGGGAUGGCCUUUUUCUCAAUGGGCUCCAGCAGAAUGAGAAUGGCAGCAUCGUCGUUCUCAUCAAAGAGACGAAAAUGGGAGAAGUCCAGCUCGUACUUGCACCACUCACUCUUCACAAAGUUCUCAGAAAGCACAAAGAUGGUUUUGUGGCUCUUUUCAAUGGAGUCAAUGAUAUUGUCGAUAAUCCACUUGCCAGGAAUGAAGUCCCGCUUGUGAAGACACAACUUAAAGGGAGGUCUGAAGUGCUCCAGCUCCUGGACCAUGAGGUUCUCCACCCAGUAGGAAUCCCGUUCACUGUAGGACACAAAGGCGUCAUAGCAGAUGUCCCUGCGGGGAGCCUUCCUGGGCUUCCUCUUGGCCUGGAGCCAGGCCCACAUCAUCUUCAUGUACCACAGUCCGUGGAAACGGUGGCACAGAACUCCCACGAGCAGGAGCGACAGGAAAAGGGCACAGCACACGGCAGACACCACGGCUGCCCUGUGGCAUUCAGAAGGCGAGAGCCGGGUGUCCCGAACCCGCUGGCCCCGCACGGAGGAUGGAGAGUCACACAGGUAUUCUUCUGGCCAGUCGAUCAGGACCUGGGCCAGGGCCUGCUGCCCCUGUGUGAAAGACAGGAAGUCACAGGAGCAAACGAAACUGUUGCCACCAGCUUCCAAAAUCUUCAGUUUUUGAAAAGAAUCAAGUUGCUCCUUAGAGAAAGUUUUAUUUUCUUGCUUACUUUCCAAGAAGAAGGAAGUACCUGGGAGCAUCUUCGACAUGUACCUGAAAAUGUAAAGUUCUUUAAGAUGUGACAAAAUAAAAGACUAUAUUGCUAAC